AUGAUUUUUGAUGCGGUGAUUGGAUUUCGAAUAGAACAUGUGAGAUACAGAAAUCCGGAUGAAUUCCGUGUGAAACGGGCUCCACGAGUUCGAAGCCAAAACGACAUUGCUGUGAACAUUUCAAAAUUAUUGAACAAUGUUCUUGAAGAUUAUGACCAACACUUUCGGCCAGGAUUCAACACGAAAACAGCCACCAAAGUGUACAUCGACCUUUUUGUGAAUACAAUGGGACCUGUUGCCGAUUUAGCAUAUACCUACUCUUUCAAUUGUUAUUUUCGUCAAAAAUGGACCGACGAACGAUUGCAUUUUAGCAACAUCGGUACUAAAUCUAAACAAUUGUCAUUAAGUAUGGCAAUGCUUGAUAAAAUAUGGAAACCUGAUACUUACUUUUGGAACGGCGCCGGUUCGUAUGUUCAUCAAAUAACUACACCAAAUCGAUUGGUUCGAUUGGAGCCUGAUGGCACAAUUCUUUACUCUAGCCGCAUAACCGUCAAUGCUCGUUGUAAGAUGGAUAUGAAGCGAUACCCUUUAGAUAAACAAGCUUGUCGCUUAAUAAUUGGCUCAUAUGCAUAUUCUUCCGAUGAAGUUCAAUACAUUUGGAGAAUUCUGGACGAAGAUAAGGGCGUUAAAGUGAACUACGAAACUAUUGCCGAUCUUCCACAGUUCUCUUUGACUGGAUUAAAAGUGUACGACCCCGCAAAUAUUACAAGAGACCGGAAUUAUUCAGCACUGGAAGUUCAAUUUUAUUUUGAUCGACAUUUUGGAUAUUUUCUCAUGAAUUUUUAUGUCCCUUGUGCUUUGAUAGUUUUGCUGUGCUGGGUCGCCUUCUUCACCAAACGAGAGGCAACCGCCGAAAGAAUUGGUAUCGGAAUCACAAAUGUUCUAACAAUUGUUUUAAUCUCAUUGGAUAGUAAAACGGAUUCACCGAAGACCGACAGCCCUACAGCAUUGGACGUUUACAUGUGGAUUUGCUAUAUCGCACACCUCAUUUGUAUGAUAGAAUUUACUGUGAACGUGCCAUUUACUCGAAAAAACCGGUUUAUGUCGAUGAAACAUCCAAAAGAAUAUCAAAAAUUGGAAAGAAGCCGACCUACUCGGAAAAUUAGUCAUAAUGAGAGUGGGCGAGACGACAGCUCUCCAUCUUUAAAUCUUGAAACAAUACGACAGGAAAAUGUUGGAUGGAGACUUUACUACUGGAUGAGUGACAGAAAUAUUACCACCGAUCCAUUUGGUGUUGCCCAAAAUUCGAUCAGCCGAAUCGACCGGCUCGCAGUUGUUGUCGCCCCAAUCGCCUUCGUCGUCACUAUUUUAAUCUAUUACGAUUUCUAUGUGAAUCGGCCGUUUAAUUUCGAGUUUGACAAUGAGUUUCGAGUAGUUUAA